CGUAGCGGAAAGAGCUCAUGAGACAGGACUGCUGGGAAACAGAUUGAGAUCCUAACAAAACCCAGGCAGGACGUGACUAUCAUGUUGCAGAGGGAUGUGAGUAUAGCUGCUGUUCUGCUGCUGCUCUUUGUCCAGUGUCUGCACGGCUCUGCUCUUCCUGCUGUGUCCUCCUAUGAGUUCACAGCCUACAGGAUGCAGCAGUACAACUUGGCACAACAGAAACAUGGUUGCCGUGGAGCCAUUGUGGUGGCGGAGGCACGCUCAGCGGACGAGCCGGUGCUGACCCGCCGCUGUAUCAUCAUGAAGGUCCCAGACCUCACCACAGAAAAGUACCUCGAGGCUCAGAGGCAAAAAGCUGCUGCCAUACUGAUCCUGCUGCCCAAAAAUAUCUCCAGUAUCCCCCAUGACACCAUACAGUCCUUCAUGGUGAGCGAGAGUGAGGCCUUGAGGAAGGGGACCCUCAUGCCAGUAUAUGUGGUACCUGAGGAUGAACAGCUGCUUUUCAUGUAUGAGGAGGUCAAGCAAGCUGCAGCCACCCGGACCUCAUCUAUAUUCAUCAGAGUUCUUCGCAGUAUGGUCACAGCUACAGCCUUUCAGAUCUUAGUGAGCAACAACGUCCCUAUUAAACCCUUCACUGACACCACCUUGGUAACACUGGAAGGAGUGCUUCCUGGAACAGGAGAGGAUGCACCCACCAUCGUCAUCACUGCCCACUAUGACUCCUAUGGUCUGGCACCGUGGUUGUCGUAUGGAGCGGACUCUAAUGGCAGUGGGGUCACCAUCCUGCUAGAGUUGGCACGUCUCUUCCAGAAGCUUUUUAGUAGUCCAAGCACCAGACCACCAUAUAAUUUAAUGUUCUCCUUAACUGGAGGAGGAAAGUACAAUUUCCUUGGCACAAAGAGGUGGAUUGAAGAGAAUCUGGACCAUGCUGAGUCCAGCCUGCUCCAUGACAAUGUGGCAUUUGUUCUGUGUUUGGAUACACUGGCCAACAGUGAUAAACUGUAUGUACACGUGUCCCGCCCUCCUAAACCUGACUCUCCCAUGCACUAUUUCAUUCAGCAGCUGGAGGAGGUGGUUUCCUCCAGAUUUCCUUCGGUGAAGGUGGGAUUAGUUCAUAAGAAGAUCAAUCUUGUGGAGUCCACGGUAGUCUGGGAGCAUGAGCGCUACAGCCUGCGCAGGAUACCAAGUUUCAGUCUGUCUCAUGUGGAAGACCCCAAAUCUGAGCUACGUGGCUCCGUCCUGGACACCAUGUCACACGUGGACUUCAGGAAACUUAAGCGUAAUGGCGUCAUCAUUGCAGAGGCACUGGCACGUUAUAUGUUUAAUCUCUCUGACAAGGGCUCUCCAAAAGAUGUGCAGAUUUUCAAGGGGCAGAUGGACUUCCAUGACGGCCGUAUGUCCAGUCUGAUGGCCUUCCUGACCUCAGUCCCUCGGGCCACACAGCUCCUGGAUAAGGAGCCCAGUCACAUCGUGCAGGUUAACUCACUGGAGCACGAGUUCAAACGUUGCCUGCAGCAGGUUCACAGACACACCUUCCGACAGGACAGGAGGGAUCCAGAUAUUACCUUUUUUGAUCAAAUGAACCAACCAGUAGUGAUGUACAGAGUGAAGCCUGCAGCGUUUGAUCUCUUCCUUGGCGGCUGCAUUGCUGCUUAUUUGGGGAUUGUUUAUUAUGCCAUUCUGAAUUUUGGUUAUCUCUACACAAAGCUCAAAGCAGCAGUGAAAUACAAGCACCAGUAAAUAAGACUGUAAACACCGAAUCUAUGACAAGACUUUGAAGUAUGUAUUGCACAUAUUGGACUUGUGCUUCACAGCCUGUGGAUGAACAUGAAAGCAAUGCAACAAGAAAGACUGAUCAUAUCCACAAAUUAUAAUGUGUGCAUUUGCUUUGAAAUGUAUAGUUUUUCAAGAUUUUUGUACCUUCCAUUAUUCAUAAAUACAUUGUACUACAAACCAUUUCUUAUAUACGCAGAUUUGAAUUUGAUGUUUGGAGGAGAAGUAUAGUAAACAAAAUAAAUAAAGGAGG